AUGGAUAUGGUUCUUAUGCUUGGCAUGGAACUAUUGGUGAUUCUACCUUGGAACAUCGGAAAAAAUGGAAAAAUGUCGCAUGAUAAUUUAGAAAAAAGUAACAAUGACUUGAAAAAUGAAUUGGAACGUUUGAAGGAAUUAUCUCCAAGUAUUCAGAUUCUUCAACAAAAGGUUGAGUCAUCUGAAUAUCAGCUUUCUAUCAUGAGGAAGCUUCGUCGCCAAGCUGCCGAAUUGGAAGCCGAAAAUACGACGUUGAAAAAGGAAAAAAUCGAAUGGGCAAGCUACUUGGAUCAGGAAAAGGACAAAAUCAAUAUUAAUUCACCUUACAAACUUUGUAAAGAGCUUGCGUCGAGACGAAUUGAAAUCACUAUGCUUGAAGAAAAGGUGGGCCGUUUAGAAGAACAAAUAAAAAGUCGGGAUAUGAUAAUUUCCGAAAAUGAAUACAAAAUCAUACAGUUAAACAGCACAUAUAGAUCUAUGGAGUAUAAACUUACAAACGAGCUCGAGUUAUCUAAAAGGACAAAAAAUUUGCUACAGAAAGAAGUGGAAAUGCUGACUGAAGCUUUGAAAUCAUAUGAUAAAGAAGAGCAACACCUACAAACAAAUUAUGAUGAGCAAAAAAUUGAACGUAUUCAAGUAUUGGAAACCUUACUCACAACGUACAAGGAAGAACUUGAACAAAUAUCAGCCCAAUCACAUAAUAACCAACAGCCAGAAGAUCAAUCUGGUCCUUCUGAAAUAAACCCUCAUACAGUUGAAGUUUUACGUCGUAAUGAAGAAUUACAAGCAACCAUUUAUGACCUGAAAAAUGAAAAUGUUAAUCUAAAAAAAGAGGUUACUUCUCUACAAAUGCAAAUUACUGUUCUUGAGCAAAAGGAUCUGAAAAUACAUUCGUCAGAGUUGAUCAAACAAAAUGAAAUUCUACAAGAAACUAUAAAUGACCUUAAAAAUGAGAAUUUAUCAUUGCGAAAACAUGCAUCUUCUCUCGAUCAACAGGUUUUUGCUUUAGAGAAAGCAGUGGGUAGAGGCGAAUAUAACCAAGAAACAACGCGAGUUUUGGAAUUGAAAGAUAAUCCUUCAUCGAGAGAUUAUGCUAUUCGUCAAAGCACUUUAGAUGCAUUAAAAACUGAGAAUAAUCAACUUUUAACAAAAUUGAAAGAAUUACAAAAAAUGCUCGAAAACAAUCACACCACACAAGAAGAAACGAUAGAUGAUAAUGAUAGUUCUAUCAUCAAUGUAAUACCGACCCAAAGUUUUACGAAUCUUGAAAACGAGAAUAAGCAACUCGUAGAACAAAUCGCAGAGAAAGAAAAAAGAAUAUUAAGGCUAAAAGAGGUUUGGAAAACUAAGGCUCAAGAAUAUAGAGAAGCAGUGUAUAGCCUUCUUGGUUAUAGGUUUGAUUUUCUUGAAAAUGGCCGAGUUCGUUUAACAUCCAUGUAUUCUGAACAGGAUGAUCAAUCGUUCAUUUUUACGUCAGAUGAGAAUGAUUGUGGUACUAUGCAAUUGGUUGGAGGAAAUUCCGAAUUUAUUAAGAGUUUAGAUCAUCUUAUAAAAUUUUGGGUAGUUGAACGUGGUUCUAUACCAUGUUUUUUAUGUAGUCUCACGAUGAAAUUAUUCGAAAACACGACAUCUGGACCCGUUGGUAGGGAUAUGGACAUGAGUAUGUGUAGUACAGUUAAUCAAGAAAGUACAACCGAAUAA